CCGCAGCCGCAGGCGAGCCAAUUGGGCACUGUCUACGCUACUAAGAGAAGACGGAGGAAUGGGAAAAGCAUCAAACCCCCAUCAAAAGACGGCGUCACAAAGAGUAACCCCAGCAAGAGACAUCGAGAGCGCCUCAACGCUGAGCUCGACACCCUCGCCUCAUUGCUGCCCUUCGAGCAGAAUAUCCUCAGCAAGCUGGACAGGCUGUCCAUACUGCGGCUGUCUGUCAGCUACUUACGUACCAAGAGCUACUUCCAAGUGGUCAUGCACAAGGAGAAGGAGGAGAUGCACGCGCACCGCCGCGACCACGCGCACUACGACCACAUCAUGCCGGACGGCGAGAUGUUCCUACAGGCACUCAACGGUUUCCUGAUGAUCCUUACGUGUGAAGGAGAAGUAUUCUUCGCGACGCACAGCAUCGAAAGCUACCUGGGCUUCCAUCAGUCAGACAUAGUCCACCAAUCAGUCUACGAACUAGUCCACUCAGAAGAUAGAGAAGAACUUCAGAGGCAGUUGCUAUGGAACUCCUUUCUUCCACCAGAAGCCAACAGCCACACACUCCAAGAUGUAUUAAGACAAGAAAGAGCACAUCUUCUAGAACGAAGUUUUACAGUCAGAUUUAGAUGUUUAUUGGACAAUACUUCUGGAUUUUUGAGGCUAGACAUAAGAGGGCGUAUCAAAGUCCUGCACGGGCAGAAUAAGAAGACCGAGGAGCCGCCGUUGGCGUUAUUCGCGAUCUGCGCGCCCUUCGGACCCCCCAGCCUGCUGGAGAUACCGCAGAAGGAGGUCAUGUUCAAGAGCAAACACAAGCUGGACUUGUCACUUGUCUCUAUGGACCAAAGGGGUAAAAUGCUGCUGGGGUACACUGAUGCUGAGCUUGCGAAUAUGGGAGGCUAUGACUUGGUGCACUAUGAUGACUUGGCGUAUGUAGCCAGCGCUCAUCAAGAAUUAUUAAAAACUGGUGCAUCAGGGAUGAUCGCGUACCGAUUUCAGUCGAAGGACGGGCAGUGGCAGUGGCUUCAAACUUCAUCGCGACUCGUCUACAAGAACUCCAAGCCAGAUUUCGUCAUCAGCACGCAUAGGCCGUUGAUGGAAGAGGAAGGCCGAGAUCUCCUAGGAAAGCGGACGAUGGACUUCAAAGUCAGCUAUCUAGACACCGGCCUCACUAGCUUGUACUUCUCUGAAACAGAACAGCUAUCAGGCUGCGAGUCAAAUGUUUCAACCCCACCUCGAGCGGCGAGGCGAUACAAAACACAGCUGAGGGACUUUCUGUCCACUUGUCGGAACAAGAGACGAGUUCCUCCCACCCCAGCACCUCCACCAGUAGACUACCUAGCAGCCGACGCGGUCGCUGCAGCAUAUACAAAUUUAAACGGAGCAUAUACAGCUCCUUAUGGAGAAUACCCUCCUGCGCCAGCCUUACAUUACGCUCCACCACCUUUAGAUGAUAGAUUCCUUGCAGCGGACAACCUCUUCCACCAAUACAAACCUUUAUCUUACCAUUACACUCCUUACGCGCCCAAUGGGUUCCUAGAACCAGCGCCACCUCCCGGUUACGAAGUACCACCUACGUACCACAGACCUCCAUCGCGGGAGUAUACCUAUGUCGAUAGCAGUGGAAGGUAUAUGAGCCCCGUUACAGGAGAGAGGAGGUCACCUAGUGUAGUCCCCGGUCCCAGCCCAGGAGGGUCCAGCGGGUCAACGGAACAGGAAAGGAUGCAGCAGACUCAAGCUUCAGAGAUGCCAAGGCAGACGGUGCUCAUGUGGGGAGCCGGUGGAACAGCUCAAGAAGUCCCCGUGGAGUACUCUCCACCUCAGGUUUGGCGAUACCACCCAUCCCAUUACCACACCGCUGAAGCAACUCAAUGAGUGUAGUUCUUAGUAUUUUGUGCAAUAUCCCCUGUUUUGAUCAGGACAUUUUUUUGGGCGCAAAAUUUAAACUUCCACCAAAGAAUCGCCCUUCCAAUCCGAAUUUGUUUUUUUUAGUCUUAACGUUUUUAAAAUAGGAAUUCAUGCUGAAUCGUUCCUUGUGUCGCACAUAUUUUGGAAAUCUUCUGCACCUUUUUGAUGCGGCUUCUUUUUUGAAGUUUUGUUUCUCGAAUAUGGACUUGUGACGAUGCCUCGCUCAAUGAUUUCAUAUUUAAAACAUUUUUUUUACACUUAUUUAUGGAAAAUCUUAGGCUUUAUAAAAAAAAUUACAGUCAGUUGGGAUAACCGACAGAAGUGAAAACAAACAUAUUAAACUUCCAUUAAAAGU